AGAACACCUUCGACCGCGUCGCCCACGCAACGCACGUGCCUUCCUAUUCCGUUGGACUCUCUUCAAUACACAAUAGGUGGCAGAGCCAUUGUGCGCGUCGCGUAUAAAAAUCCUCCGUCUUGCCCUUCUCCUCCUUCCUCUCUUCAACUACAUUCGACAACCCGCGUCGACCUAGUCCGCGAAGUUUUCUGCAAUCAAGCCUACCAGCAGCUGCUCCCAUCUUCGAUAUCACACUCCCAUUUACGAUCUUCUCCUCACUUUCGAUCAUAAUGGACCACCUCACCAUGUUCCACCUCCUCCUCAUGGGCAUCGCCCUCGCCACCGCCUUCUUCUCCGUGACUGCCCCCGUCCGCGCGGCGAUUAUCGUCUCCCCUCUCGUCCAUGUCAUCUGGUGGAACCUCUCCGAAGACGAGCUCUCGCGUGGAAGCAAGCGCCUCAUCGUCGGGUCCGGUUGGCUCUUCCUCCUGGCUGUCGUCUGGGCGCAGCUCGAUGACUGGGCGAGGUGGCUGUACGUCGCCCUCGCCCUCAUUUUCGCGAUUGUAGAGACGUGCCGGCGGUUCCUCGACUACGUAUACUACGAGCCAGACGAGGAUGACGACGAGUACGACGAUCAAAGCAAGGUCGGCAACCUCCUCCGUGGCAUCUUCGUCUUCUUCCUGGGCAUUCUCCGCGGCGUCCUUCUUUUCUUCUGGCGGUUGAUUUACCGCGAGAUCAGAGCCCGAUUCGACCCUCUCUUCGUCUGGGCAGAAGACUGGAUUGUGUACCUGUCCGCACAGGCUCAUCCUCGCUCCCCCUCUCAUCCUCUCUUCGUUCCAAGGGUCCCGCCACAACCCUCCUCCUUCUCCGUCCCGGAACCUUCGCCCAAUUCAUCGGCAUUCUCGUCUCCCACCUCCUCGGCGGCCUCCUCUCCCUCUCCUUCGGCGGCUCCUUCUCCCUCCCCAGCGCCCCGUCCUCGAUCACAAUUGGCCCCGCAGCCUGCCCCCCAGGCGGGUUAUCUUCUCCGCUCCUCCCGGUCCACAAGGUCGUUUUUCCGACCGGCUCCUCGCAUAGAGCCUAUCUCCCGGCCCCGUCCUCACAUCGCGCCGCGGCCCAAGAUUGUGUACACCUAUGGAGACCGGAAGCCCAGAUACCAGCCAGAAUUCCAGACCAUCACCGACAGGGAGGAGUGGCUUCGUCAAGUGGGGUGGAGGGCCCCAACAUACACCGACCCCUACUCGGCGACGAUGCCGGCGUAUGCCCCUCCUCCCCCUGGUGUUCCUCUCCCGGUCCUCCCUUUCUGGCCGUCGGACCGCUCCCUCGUGGCCCGCGGUGGUACAUUCGCUGGCACCUUUGUGCCCCCUUCCGCCCCGGGACCGGCGUUUGGCACCGCGGCGGUUCACCUUCCUGCGCCCGCCCCCCUCCUCGACCCUCGCCCUCUCUUUCUUCGCCCCUCUCCAGGCCUCAGUGCCUGUGACGGCUCCUUUGGCUCCCACUCCCGCUCCCACCACCACCCCAGUGGCCUCUCAGGCCCCCUCCUCGAGCCUCCUUCCGCCUCCUCUUCCUGCCCCUGUGGCUUCCCCGGCGCCUGGUCCCUCGGCCGCUCCAGCUCCGGCGCCCGCCUCCUCCUCCACCACCACCUCCCCAAUCAGCAACCCGGAGACGGGGUUUGCGAUUCGGGGUGCUGCCUCCCGCGCUGGUGCCGCCUCCUCUUCCGCCGCCUCCUCUGCCCCGGCCUCCAAUCCCGGGAAGAGACGGCCUCCUCUUCUUCGGCGAGGCCACGCCGGCCUGAUCCCUCCCGCCCCUCCACCUUCUCGGCCAUCAUGGCCAUGAUCGACGGUCCGGGGACAGGACUGCUUCCUGGGGGACGUUGAGCGGUUGCUCCCUCCUCCUCCCCUCCUUUUCUCCUCCCCUCCUCUCCUCUCGACCCUCUGGGACGUUGAGCCAAGCUCCCUCCCAUGGUCUUCUCUCACCUCCUCUCCUCCUCCUCUCCUCCCCUCCUGGCGGUUCUUUCUGGGUGCGGGUUCGGUGGCUGUUUCGGGGUUGGUUUGGUGGUUUUUUACUUGGGUGGUUUCGGUUCGGCGGGUCGGUGUUUGCUGGGUUCUUUCUGCUGGUU